AUGGCUCACAGGGCUUUCAUACAAGUUAUAAUCACAGGAACGCAAGUUUUUGGAAAAGCAUUCGCCGAGGCGUACAGACAAGCGGCUUCACAAUCAGUGAAACAAGGUGCUACAAAUGCAUCUAGGAGGGGAACAGGAAAAGGCGAAUAUGGUGGUAUUACAUUAGAUGAGAGUUGCAAAAUUCUGAAUAUUGAAGAACCCAAAGGCGAUUUAAACAUGGACAAGAUUAAUGACAGGUUUAAGUACCUAUUUGAAGUCAAUGACAAGGAAAAAGGUGGGAGCUUUUAUUUACAGAGUAAAGUUUAUCGAGCAGCAGAAAGAUUAAAAUGGGAACUUGCUCAGAGAGAGAAGAAUGCGAAGGCGAAAGCAGGGGAUACUUCAACAGCGAAACCUCCUCCGAAUUCGCCAAAUUCAACUGGUGCAAAUAAUAGUGCAAGCCGCAAUCAAUAG